AUGAUUAGCAAUUCAGAUGAAAGCCAAAGAAAAGCAAGAAGAAUAACUAGUUUGUCCAAACAAGCAAAUGACUUGUCUACCUUAUGUGACAUACCUAUUGCUCUAAUAAUUUUUAGUCCUGGAGAAACCAACCCUACUAUUUGGCCAAAUGAGGAUGAGGCUAAGGUUAUAGUAACCAGGUAUUUGAGUCACACAGAGAAUGAAAAGUUUAAAAAUUUAGUUAAACUUGAAACCUACUUUUCUUCUAAAUUGGAGGAGAAAGAAAAUAAUAUUAGAAAAACCGAGCAAAGAAACAAGGAGAAGAAAAUAGAAAUCACGUUCAAUCGAUUAUACGAGGGAAAGGUUAAUAUAUUUGACCUUGAUGCUACAGAAAUUAAUGAAUUGUUAAAGUUAUCUGCUCUUACACAGGAUAAACUUAACGAUAGGAAAAAGCGACUCGAACAACAAUCUCACACUUCUCAACCUCCAUCACUUCUCUCUAAUUUUGAGUAG